AUAUUAAUUUAUUCUUCAUGUAAAAGACAUCUAUGCUUCGCGUCCUUCGAACGAGCUUUCUCCUCCGAACCCAUCUUGCAAAUUUGAUCCAUAUAUGCAACCAGUUCUGGCAUGCUUGAAUGUCCACAGAGCGGGAGAGAUUUUACGACAUAGGAAAAAAGAUCAAAAGAGAGACAGAUGCAUCUUCUCAAAUGGGAAGGAGACAUUUAUUUGGUCCUUCUGGGACCUUGAACACUCUCACACCAUGUGCUGCAUGUAAGCUCUUGAGAAGAAGGUGUGCUGAAGAAUGCCCUUUUUCCCCAUAUUUCUCUCCACAUGAACCCCAGAAAUUUGCGGCUGUUCACAGAGUCUUUGGUGCAAGUAACGUCUCCAAGAUGCUAAUGGAGGUGCCAGAGAGUCAAAGAGCUGAUACAGCAAAUAGUCUGGUUUAUGAAGCAAACUUGAGGCUGAGAGACCCGGUAUAUGGGUGCAUGGGUGCAAUUUCAGCUUUGCAACAACAGAUUCAAACUUUGCAAGCAGAACUUAAUGCAGUAAGGGCCGAGAUGUUGCAACACAAAUUUAGUAACUUCAUUCCUUCGAGUCCUGCUGCGUUGGUUUCUUCUGGGGCGGCGCCUGUUUCAAUUUCUCAUGCCCCACCUCACACAACUCUUUCUAGACCACCAUCACCACCACCACCUCCUCCUAAUCCACCUGUAUUGCCACCUCUGCCUUCAGCUGUCACUUCUUUCUCUUCUUCAUCCUCUACUUCUCUGUAUACACCACCUUCAAGCGCAACAGGUUACAGCUCCAUUAUUUUGAAUGCUAAUAUCCAAUAUUUUGACUGAAUUCACUGCAUCUACUUCUUUUUCUUCGCUUUUCUUGAAGAAUGGCCAUGCUCAAUAUAGUAGGAAUGACCAUUCGAUAUAGUAGAAUUGAUCCAUUUGUUUCACGCUUAUAAUAAUUAAUCCUUGUGGUUGGGAAGUUAUUGAAAGAGAUAAAAAGAGAACUUGGAGCCUGACAAUGGUCAUGACUCGGAUCUGAUCCACCAGUUAUCAUGAGAUUCCUUUUGUUUUUUUUUUUUUUUCGAGGGGGUGCAGUUGGAAGAAAUUUUCAAUUCUCAUUCAUUUUCCAGCUGAUCUUUUUUAUUCGAAAAUGUUGAAAAUGUCGAUGUUGUCACAUUAUUAGUACUAAAACAAAAAUAGUUUUGACUUUCCAUUUGAUCUGUACGUAACAUUUUACUUCGUACUAGUAGA